AUGGCAGCUCCAGAGAUGGCAGCGAUCCUGUUAGAUGCCACGAAGAUGUUAGAUCCAUGUCUGUUAAAGCCUGAUCGGAUCAAGGCAAAGAGAAUCGUAAGUGUCCUGGAUGAAACGCUCGCCAAGCUGGAGAUGAGCAGUUUGAUCCCACGUAUUAUCAGCUCUCUGGACAGGUUUGCUGAGACGCUGGGACCUGAGAUCACAGACAGCCUGAUCGAGCACCGAAAGCUUUCAAAUGAAAUGGAGCACCUGCUUGCCAGCUCUAAAGAAGGGGACAUGGGAAGAGCUGAAGAACAACGAGGCUGUCUCUGCUUGCUAGAGCAACGUCUGAAACGUUCUCUUAGGACUGUCCUGAGACUCUUACUGGCCAACCCUUCGCUUUGCCAGGCUCUGAAAUACAAAGCCUGGGUGAAAGAGUCACCAGCUGAAGCGUUUAUCAAAGCCUUUGCGGAGUUCAGGAAUUUCAUGCUCGAGAGACUCCUGACUAGUCCCAUGGAAAAGGAAGAAAAGAUGCGGUUCACGCAAGACGUCUCCCUCCAGGUGCAGAAAAACACUGAAGCACUCACAGCUUUACAGGCAGAACUGGCAGCAGCAAUCCAGACUCGAGAGGAGGAGAUUCACAAGAAGGACAACGCGAUCAAAGACCUCAAAACCAGCAUGCAAGAUCUGGCCAAAGAUCGCGCAGCUGGCAUCCAGCAGAUCGAGCAGGAAAGAGAAAAACGGCAAGAAGAGGCGCGGCGAGACUCCCAGGCCAGGUGUGCCGGGCUGCAGCGGGACAUCCAGGAGCUAGAAGCACAACUCGGUGCACUUGUAGCGGAGCAUCGAGCGUCAGAGCUGGCUCUCAGAAAGAGGAAGCGCAGAGUGGAGAUGGAAAUUGUGAACUGGAUCCAGAAAUACGACACAGACAUGGAGGAAAAACAGGCUGAGUACGACGAGGUUCGCGCUGCCUACGCUGAGGAGAAGGCCCAGCUGGCCCUGCUGACAGAGAAACGUGCUGUGCUUCUCCAAGAGUGUUCCCAGAUCGAGGAGGAGCGCAGGACACGUCAGAAGAAGGAGGAAGAGGCUUUGAAGGAGUUGACCACCAUGACCCUUGCUGCCACACGCAUCCAGGCCUUCUGGAGAGGUUACUUGGUCCGGUCCCUCUUGAAGUCAAAAAAGAAGAAGAAGAAGAAGAAGGUCAAGGGCAGGAAGGGCAAAAAGACCAAGAAAUAA